AGCGAUAUAAAAAAAAAGGGAUUGGAAUGUCUUCUUCAUCGGACGUCGAUCGACGCCGUGAGAACUACACCGAAGGCGACUCGCAGCGGCAGCAACACGCCGCACGCGUCCAACGACGCAACGCCGUAUCACGGGCCGACCGAAACACCCAAGACGCGAGCCCGCUGUCUCCACCGGCAAACUCCGCCACGCGGACUGCUCGCCGCCCGCCGCGUCCGCGCACUUCGGAGAAGUCCAAUUCACCUCUCCGACGCGCUCCUCUUCUUCACUUUUUCCCCUCGUCGCCCAACACGAGCUCCAGCACCGGGCAGUACUAUUACGGCCACGACGACGACGAUGACGACGGUGACGACGGCAGCGGUGAAGAGGAGAGCGACAGCGGCAGCGACCGUGCCACCUCGCUGGACGCCACGUCGAGUGUGUUGUCCACCGCGAUGUACCACCCCGAGAGGGGCCAACGGCACUUUUUCGAUUCGACAGCGACAUUGCAGCAGCAACAACAAAGCUAUGAUGCGCAAGACACGCCUCGUGCGGCCGCCUCUUCCUCGCAAGUCGCGUCAUCAUCUUCAUCUAUGAGUAGUCCGCGGUGGCCGCCGGCUGCUGCCACGUCCCCUCGGGGCUCCCCUUCGAACCCCGCUGCAGAAUACGUUGACGCGCCGCAGCCCAUCGAGUUGGGGUACGUCGGUGAUGGUACGCGUCCCUCCCCACACGAUCUCCACUACUGCCCACCCGGCCAUCGCGGUUACCGCGCCGCCGUGAAAAGAGACGGCGAGAGGAAAGGCAGGCGGGGGAGCAACGGCGAUCUAACCGCAGCGGCGACGGCGUCGUCUGCGCAGGAGAGGCGGCAGCAACGUGCCGACAAACACACCCGUGGGCAUCAGACGACGACUGUCCCCUCUCUGGAGGUGUCCGCAUUCUCCCCCACCCAAGUCAUAUCAGCGGCGCCCUCGUCAUCGUCGUCGUCGUCAGCGACUGCCGCUCGAGCGAAAGAGCUGCGCUCGCACAGCGGCAUCAAUACUGGCGCUCUGACAGCAGCUGAAGCAGCAGUAUCCGCCUCUCUCACAGCCACCACGACUGCGAUGAGCGGCACCGAUGUCAUUGGGCACUCGAUAUCGACGCAGCGGAGCAUGCAUGAGGAGGUGGGUGACAACAACUCCAAUGAACCACGCAACGAGCGGCAGCUUCUGCGUGGUGUCUCGGCGCCUGCUGGGCAACGUCAGAAGAGUAGACACAACAGCAGCGGCAGCAGCAGCAGUGGCAGUAACGGUCAUCACAGCACGCAGCGACAGCCAGAGUUUGCCACGGCGAUUCAUGAAGGACUGCGCCGUCGUCGCGGACACCACCGCAGCCAUCACGGCGCCGCGGAGGGUCUCUGCGACCGCUCAGGGAUGGCGUCCCAUGCGGCGGCGCACCGCACACCGCUUUCGCGGAGGCCCGUCGUGACGUGGCGCUCCCACGCACGCGUCUGCGCCGUGACUUCGGUCGCGUCGGGUCAGGUGCUUACCGGCGGUGACUUGACGGGGGUGAUUGAGGUGUGGGACAGCCGCACGGGACGGCUGCUGUGCGGGCUCAGCGGGCACCUGGCGCCUGUUCUCUCGCUGCUGGCCAUCCCCAACACGUCGCUCCUCUUGUCGGGCAGCGCUGACCGCACGGCGCGGCUGUGGGAGCUGCGCACGCUGCAGAACACGAAGGUGCUGGAGGGUCAUCGCGGACUGGUCACUGCACUGGCGACGCUGUCGAUGCCGGAUAUCGGGUUGAACCUGUUCACUGGUAGCGACGAUGGCACCGUGCGGCAGUGGCGGGCAGCGACUGGGGCCUGCGUGCACGUCUACGGUGGCCACCACGGACCGGUGAACGUCGUGGCGAGUCUGCGGUCCGUCAAGUACAUCGCCACAGGGGGCAGUGAUGGGGUGCUAAAGAUAUGGAACGCGCAGACGCUGCGGUGUGUAAGCAGCACCGCGGCCGUGCCGGCAGCCACGACAGCGGCGAUCCACAGCCGCAACGCCGGAGAUGGCCCUGCUAGAUGGGGUCACGACGCCAUGAAGGGCGGGAGCACCGCUGGCGGGGCGGUGUGGGACAUCGUGCAGCUAAGCGACACCGACCAGUCGAUCGCCGUCGCCACCGGUGACGGUGCGGUGCGGCUGUGGGCCUCCCACUGGCACCAGCAAGCUGUCUUGUUGAAGGAGAUUUACUUGCCGGGCCUGCUGCUGAAGGCCCGCAGCGGGGCUCGCUGCCUGCUGGCGUGCGGCACGCACCUGUGCGUCGGCGGCGCACGCGGCGAGUUGUACCUGUGGGACACGGACUCUCUCCCCUACGUGAGCCCGCCCGUGAACGGCGGCGACCGGCGCGCCGGCACCACCUCCGCCCGCCCAGCGCUCUCGUUGUCCUUAUCGGGUAGUGGAGGUGGCGGCACCUUCACGUCCGGCGGGCGCGGUGGUCACCACCUGCGUCUGUCCUCUCCCGCGGGGACGGUGGUCGCCGCUGGUGGGGGCUGCGAGGCCGGUGAGGGCGGCGAUGCGCAGGCCGAGUUGUUUGCCGCGUCGCUGCUCUUUCACACCGCUGCCAUCACCGGACUGACGCGACAGGGGGCGCAGCUGUACAGCAGUUCCCUCGACCACACGGUCUGUCGAUGGGACUUGCACGGGCUGGUGAUGAUGGAGGGGGAACCCGCGAUGGACCUCCUGCAGGAGAAUGGUCUGGCGAUGGGGCUUGCGUUUACGGCCGAGCAAGGCUGGAGCUCGCCGUUCAGCUGGGCGAUGCGGCCGUUGUCGAAUUGGGCGUGGGGUGCCGCGGCGAGUGGUGGCGGUGGUGCUCGUGGCUGGGGACAACAAGGCAUGCAGACAGGACUGAUAGAAAGCUGCAUUGAAAGUGGAAGUGGAAGUCGUGGUGGCGGCGUGGUGGUGGACGGUGCUGCCGUCGGCAGCAGUGAGGCAUGGAGUCGCCUCCAGCAGCAGCAGCAGCAGCAGCAACAACAUCUGCUGCUUCAGUCGGUUGCGAAGGCGCCCUUCUCCUCCCCGCUCGCGCUGCUGCGCAACCCCAAAAGCCUCCUCGUGAGCGACGCCGCCGCCGCGGCGCGUGAGGAGGGCGAGGCGGCGGCUACGUCCUUCACCGAACUCAGCCCAGGCGAGGCAGCCGCCGCCUACACAGAGCUGCCGCUGACGUUCUUGGUGGGGCAUCUCCGCUCCGCCGCGGUGUCGCCGGUGGACGUGCGCACCGUCGCGAAGGCCUUUCUGCUGCUCCUCUACAUCGUGUUUUUCGUCGUGUUCUACUGCGUGGGCCUCGCGCCGCUCGUGCGGCAGGGCAACGACCUCACCCACGGUCUCUUGUCGCAGACGGCGGCGUACCCGCUGCCCAGCUUUGCCCAGCCGCGCACCUUCGCGUCCAUCACGAACGCCAUGCAACUGGAGCGAUGGGUGAUGUUGAUGAUGAACCAGCUGCACACCUUGUCCGUGCCGGUCGAUAUUCUCCUCCCUGCCAACACGGCCGUGGAAGCCCCCGUCGUCCCCGGCAAGGAAAACGCCAGCAGCAGUGGCGAUGACGGCUCUGGGGCAGGCACCGGCCGUGACACGGGCACGAAGGUAAACGCCCACAGCACCCUUCUUGAGCUUCCGGCGAUGCCGGGCGGCCUGGUGCUGCUGCGCCACGUUCGGGUGCGCGUGAAGCACGUGACGAACACCAGCUGUCGGUGGAACCCGCACUUUAUUCGGCGUCUACCCACCGUGACGAACACCACCACCACCGCUAACGUCACGUCGCCGGCAUCGGUUGCCCGGCUGCCGUGCUACGGCGAGCUGCGCCGCUCGACGGAGUCACGCGUGACGCUGUGCCCCGGCCACAACGCGGUGACAACGGAGACGAACCUCACCGGGCUCCUUCGCAACAUCAGCGGCCGGUGUGUACCGUACACGUCGGUCCUUGCCGGUGUCCCCUUCAGCGGGCUAUUCAACCGCUACGACGCCGGCGGCUACAUACUUAAUUUGCCCUUUUACGUCGAAGGGAGCAACGCGAGUGUGCUGCACGCGCCGAUCGAGGCGAUGCGUCGUGUGCGACUCGUGGAUGAUCAGCGGACGCGUCUAGUGGAUGCGCUGCUCUUCACCUACCACAUCCACACGCGGACCUUCGUGCGCCUGCACUACGCACUGGAGAUUCCACGCGGCGGGGCGUGGUUCCCCUCGACUGACACCCGCCCAUGCCCGCUCUUCGACGAUGCCACCUCCUCGCACGCGCAGUUGACGAUGGCCUGUGUCGUGUUGAUGUUUGUGCUGCUGCUGCUGUUGUUGGGCCUGGUGCUCUACGACAUGGUGAUGGCGUACUUCGUGGGCGAGCUGCUAUCCUUCUUCCUCUCCGCCGCGCUGUUGGUCGAGGUGGCGUGUGUGACGCUGGGCCUGUGCGUCGUCGGCUUCUGCUUUCAAUGGAUCGUUGUGAGCAGGGCGGUGGACACAACGGGGCUGCUGCGUGCAUCGGCCCCCGCCGAGGCUGCCGUCACGGUAGACAAUCUGCUGGCCAGCUACGUGCCCCCCGCGUACGAGACGCAGAUCCAUCAGCUGAACACCGUCGCCAUCGCCUUCAGCAGCCUCGCCACCUGCGUCUCCACGGAAGCCGUGCUGCUCUUCCUCGCCGCCACCGUCACAGUCAGCCGACUCAUCACCUUUAUGCAGAUCGUCGCGAAGGCAAUGCGGCAGAUCCGUGCGCAGGUAAUCACGGCAGCGGCCAUGACGGUGCUGCUGAUCGUCUCCUUCGCCCUGGCCCUCCACCUGCUCUUUGGCAGCCGCCACUACGCCUACUCCACCAUUGGGCGGUCGCUGUGGCAGCUGCUGCUGUACCUCGCCGCGAGCCAAAGCGUGAACGCCGAUGUCGACCCCCUCAUCGAGGCAGAUCGCCGGGAUACCGGGAAGGGGGUGCUCCUCGCCUUCAACUACCUGUGUCGGGUGUUCUGCUACGUGUACCUCGUGGCGCUAGUGGUGGAGCGGGUGCAAGGCGUCGCGCGCGAGACACCGCACAUCUCGAUGCGGGCCCUUUUAGCCAAGUGGUGGUACGACGUGCAGUACCAGCAGGCCCUCGUGCGUCAGCGGGCGCCCGACACGGUGAUGAGCGGCAAUGACCAUGCCACUGCUGCUACCGCAGCGGAGGACGGCCGACACACGCAUCAGCGAGGUGUUUGGAGUUCUCUGCUGUCGACGACGGGGCACCGUCGCGUCGUUAUCGAGCAUGUCUGGCGGCGUCUGCGCAGCCUCCAGCAGGAGCAGGAAGAGGAGGCGCAGCAUCGUCAGCAACAGCAAGCCGCCGCCGCCGCCGCCUCGCCUCUGUAUUUCCUCGACCGUCAAGAGGACAUCUCCGCCUUCUACACAACAUCUACAGCCACAACACAACGACGUCGUCCACAUCAGCGCCUACGUGCACGCGACUCGGCCUCCUCUGCUGCUCGUUCUACUGCAGCCGCUGCUGCCGACGACCCCGCGGCGGCCCCAUCCCUCCAUGUACAGCUCCGCCUUACGGACUUACUCCUCCUGCUAUCCGAAGAGGAGCGUACGCCGUUUGCACGCAACGUCAUUCGACACGUGUGGGACAGCCUGGCCUGGAUGUACCACUGUCAUCAGCAGCACACCCGUGCGCAGAACCCCGCGGAGGCUCAGCGGCGGGCUCGGUUAAACGCUGGGAUUUAUUACGCCCGCCUGCGGCUUGAGCCGCUGCUUGCGGUGGUGCGGGCAACGCAGGCGCGACUGGAGGCGCACGAGGCACGACUGCGGCCGCUGGCGAAGGCGGUGGAGGCCAUGGCGACGGGGAAGCAGUAG